AUGGCGGAAAGAUGGAGCCUGCAACUCACUUUCGCCUUAAUUGCUUUAAUAGCUGCUAUCUUCUACAGUGGUAAGGCACAGUUCGUUUUUAACAAGAUAAAUCAGAUUAUUCAUGGAAAGAGAGGCUGCUCUCCAAUUGCAAGUAUAGGCCAGGUGACGCUGCAUUAUUUUGGAACCAGAGGACGCGCCGAGGGUAUACGACUGAUAAUGGAAGGUUCUGAAAUACAAUACUCAGAGACUAAUUUUUCUAAGGCGGAUUGGCCGAUAAUUAAAGCAAAAGGAAUAGAAACAGGCCUGUUUACUUUUGGUCAAGGUAAGAGAGAAGAGAUGCUUGAAAUAUUAGCGCAAUAUCUCUAUUUGGUGACCAUCUUCAAAUGUUAGAAACACCUUUCAUUUACAUGAUGUUUUGAGACUUUUAAUCACGCAAGUUGUAAAGGUUUGAAAGCCGAAAUAAUCAAUUAUAAUAAAACAAAACGAAGUGCUUAAUCUGGAAAUAUUACAACAUUUUUCAGAAUAACUUUUCUAGAUUCAUUUUUUCAUCUACUUUUUCCCUCAUUUACUCAGUAGAUUUUUUGUGCAGGAUUUUAGCCAAUCAAAUUUCGCCGAGGCGUCAAACAGGUGUUUACUCACCAUGAAAUAUUCAUGACUCAAAGUUAAAAUAUUAGAAGUUGCUUGUUUGAAACUUGCUGGUAGUUUCUUUGGAAAUCCUUCCUUUUUUUCUCUUAAUGCAAAAAAACAGAGAUCUUGGAAAUAACAAUUUUGUCAAAGUUGUAAAAGAAGUUGAGACUUUCAUGAAAUGGUUACCUAUUUCAUUAAUUCCAUUUUUGUAUUUUCAGAUACCCAAUUUACAUCAUAGAAAAUGAAUAUUAUCCUACUAGAUUUUCAUGAGAUGACUAUAUGCAAAAUAUGCAAAUAUGUCAGAAGUAAAGUGAAAUAUUAACAGUUUAUUUUUCUCUAGUUCCAGCUAUUACUACUACUACAGGAUUACAACUUGUUCAGAGUAAAGGUGUGUGUUUGCAACCUGUUGUUUCUUUAUGGUGGGAAAUUUUUAGUCCAUUUAGUUUCCUGUAAUAGUUUAACCCUUUACACCCUAACAUCAUUAUAUAUGCAUAUUCUCUAUACUGUUCUCUAUACAUUUCCUAAGGUGCUGACAAGGAGAAUUUGUUCAACAAUCAAGAGAUUCUUGAGUUGGCAAUCAUUUCUUAUAUUCUCAUGACAACUUUCUCAUAUUUGACAGCUAAACCGUACACUACUCUCAAAGGAAGAGUUUGUUAAUUGAUAUACAUUAAGCAGGUAAUUUAGUGUUAACAACUGGGUUGAAAACGUAAAUUAGCCACUGUAAAGGGUAAAAAAGCUGACGUUUCGAGUGUUAGCACUUUGAGUUGAUAGUGAGUCAGUUAAACAAUCCCAAAAUCUGAUUGUUAAUUCUCCCCUCUAACUGCCAUUUAUUUCCUGGUAAAAUAAGUUUCUUGUUAAUCACUAUUGGGAUUUAAGGGUUAAAUAAGACCAACUAUCAUGGAAAGCUUGGUAAAUUGCUAGUAAUGUUCUUUGUAUUUGUUUCAUAUAUUUCAGUAAUUAUGCAUCAUAUUGGCCGGUCAGUGGGUCUUGAUUGUGACUGUUCAGACAUUCAUAUUUGUGAAACCCUGGUGUUUGGUGCAGGUAAUUUGCAUAUAAUGUCCUAAUUCCCUUGAGGUGAUAAACUCUGGGAUUUUUUAUGUAGAAAAGUAUUGAUUUGGAAUUAGGAAAUCUAAAGAAUGAGAGGAAAUCAAGAAAAAAAAAUUUUGUGCCACCAUCUCAGUUAUACUGAUGAACUUAUGGAAGCAUUUGUGAACUGAGGAAGGCAUGUUUCCAGAUUUUCACAUUUCCACAUUUCCAGACUAACAAGUUAAGAUAAAUGUGAGUUGGGUAAAGAUUCAUCUGUAUAUUUCCAAAUUUCCAGAGUAUUAAGUUAAGAUACAUUUGAGUAUUUAGCUGAUCAUACUUCACACAUUCUCACAUUUAAGGUUACUCUAAGGUAAUUCAUGUUAUGUGCAGCACAUUUCAUUGUGAUGACCUAAUCUGAGCUCUUCUGCCCCAAGUAAAAGCUGAACAAUUAAUGAAGCAUGGGCCAAGAUACCUUAAACUGCAGAGAGAUUUAAAAAUAUUGCUAUUAUUAUCAUUUUCAAAUUAUCAUUUGAAAGUUUAAAAGGGUGAAGAUAGUAUUAAUCUUUAAGAUGAUAACUUUAAUGUUUUGAACUCUCUUUGCUAGACAGUAGAGAGAUGCUAGAGAAAGUUUGCACUUUUUUAAUUAACUCUUUAACUCCCAAGAUCUCAUUGGUAAUUCUCCUAACUGUCUGUCAUACAGUUCUUGUAAUGUUAGUUUGAAGAAUUUGGUGUUGGAUCAAGUUAUGAUCCCUUAACUGACAUUUUCUUUAUUCUCAUCAAUUUUCUGCUUGAUAUUGUAUUGAUAUUGUAAGGAGAAUUUCUGUCUUGGUCACUCAUGGGAGUUAAAGGGUUAAUGUUAUUUCUCAGGGUUGUAUUUUUUUAGUGUUUACUCUCAUUACUUUAUUUGCUUUCACCCUUUACACCCAAAUCAGUAUGCACAUUCUCCAUACUGUUCUUUAUACAUUUCUUAAGUUGCUUACAAGGAGAAUUUCUUUACUGAUCAAAAGCUUCUUUCUUUGGUGAUCAUUUCCUUUAUUCUCAUUUCCUUAAUGUGUGAUUCAGGGAUGAUAUUAUAGGGAGAAAUUAAGUGCUAGUGACUCUUAGGGGUUAAAAUGUUAAUACCAAUCUCUACUGUAAUGUAAAUUAUUAUUAUCAUCACCAUUGACUCCAUUAUCAGAAUAUAUUACAUUACUAAUUUGAUUUCUUGUGUUUCAGAGGAUUUGAGAGCAAAGCUUGGCCCGGUCCUCUAUAAUCCAGAAUUCUCUGCCAAGGUACGGGAUGAUCACAUCCAAUCAGUUGUGUACACUUGGUUGUCAUAUUUUGAAAAGCUUGCCCCUGUUGAAGACAACAGCACUGAUGCUGAUGGAUUGUUCUUUGCGAGCAAUCGAGUGACGUGGGUGGACUAUGUCAUGUUUGAUCUCCUAGAUACUUAUGUUGAGUUUGGAAGACUUAACUUUGGAGAUGAUGAAGCACCUACAAUAGAUGUUUUGGAAAAUUUUCCAAAGCUUAAGGCAUUUUAUGAGUAUUUUGCUGGCAGACCUAAUAUUGCAAAGUAUCUUAAAGCUGAGAGAAGAGUUCCAUUUAGGCUGUGAUUUAAAAGAAAUCUCUGAGUCACCUUAGAAUCAUUGUAAGAAGGAUUUUGAGAUAAUCCACAAUUUUUAGAUGGUUGCUAAAGUAUAUUAUUUAUUUGACAAUACCUCCAUAUUGCAUAUGUUAUGGACCACUGAGGUUUUUUUUAGAAUAAAGUAUCUGUACUCUCUGUAAUUUAGAGGCAACAUUUUGAAAGAGAAAAAACAGAAAAAAAGAGCUUGUCAAAAAAAAAAAAUUGUAAGUUUGUAAACAAUGAAAAGUUAGUGUAGUUGCAGUUCUUGUAUUUUGCACCAAUGCCAGAGACAAACAUUUGCGUGCAAGACCUACACAUGUCUAUUUAUAUGAUAUUUCUGGGCUUUAUUAGGUAUGUUAGGUAGAAACAUUUAUGUUAAAUAUUGUAUUAUCUACUAUUGAUGAUUGGUGGUCCCUUUUUGGAUACUAAACAAUGUUUUGAUAUUUUUAGGGUUUGCACAUAAAGUUGUAAGUUGUAACUUUUUCGAUAGCAUCUCAAUAUUGAAAUAAAAAUGCGUCCU